AUGCGCUUUAUUCCAACUUUUGCCGUUGGCCUUUUGGCCAGCGCCGUUGCUGGCCGCGUUACGCCGCGCGCCGUUGUUGAUAGGCCGAUCGUGGCUCAUUACAUGGUUGGAGAGCUCAAGCUCGAAGAAGUCAAGCAGGACAUCGAGGAUGCGAGGGACCUUGGUCUGAACGGCUUCGCGCUCAAUUUCGACCGGUUCGCGGGUUAUUCCCAAACGACUGUGCAAUACAUGUUCGACCACGCCGAUUACAUUGGCGGUUUCAGCCUCUUCUUCUCCUUUGACCACGCCGCUGGCUACAUCCAUAACCCAUCGGAAUACGUCGAUUACUUCAACGACCACAAGGGCCGUACGUCCUACCUCAAGAUGAAGGAUCCUUCCGAUGGCAAGAACAAGCCUCUCCUAUCGACUUUUGGUGGCGAAGGUGUCGCCGACAGUGAUUGGGCCAACUUCAAAUCGAAGGUGGGUGACGUGCUGAUUGUCCCUGGUUUCUACACAAUCUACAACCCAACCGAGAACUUCUUCAACAACCGUAAAUCUCUUGAUGGUGUAUUCAACUGGAACUCGUGGCCCUCGACGGAUCAGGGCAAAGUGGCCGUAUCAGCAGCGACAGACAAGGUUUUCCAAUCCGCCGCCGACAAGGCGGGCAACCUUUUCAUGAUGGGCAUCUCACCCGUACAGUUCAAGCACAUGGGUUCAGACAACUGGUACCGCCGCGGCGAGGACAACCUCGAGAACAGGUUCGGUCAGAUCCUUAGUGUCCAGCCCGACAUGGUGCAGCUCCAGAGCUGGAACGACGCAGGCGAGGGUCAUUACAUGGGACGCCUUCACCCAACUCCCCUUCAAGGAGACACACCGGCUAUCGUAGAAGGGUACGAUCACACUGGCUACUGGCAGAUUCUGCAACCUUUCAUCUCCGCAUGGAAGCGUGGCGAUCGUACAACAGCGAACAUGUACCCUACUGGUGGCAAGGCUGUCCAAGGCACUUUCUGGCACCACACUCUCACUGUUGGAGGCUCUUGCUCCGCCGACAAGCUGCCAAAGUCUGGAGACAUCGCCAAGGCCGCUGAAGACGCCGUAUCUGGCGUCUUACUGGUCCCCCAGGGCAAGACAAACCUUGUCGCUGUCGUCAACGUUGGUGGAAAGCAGCUUAACAAGACUUCGCUCAAGCCGGGAUUCAACAAGUUCAAGUUCACUGGGCUGGAGAAGUUGGUCCCAGGUAAGGUGCAGUUGGAGGUGUGGGAUGGAAGCACCAUGGUGGGAGGCGGAUAUGGAAGCAUUGAGGUGACGAACUCGAAGCCGCUUUGCAACUACCAGUUCCAGGUCGUUGCGGUGCCUUCAUAG